GCGCUCGCGGCGCACACACGCACCCGCACGCGCGCCACAGCAGACGGUACGUACGCGGCGGGACCAGAGCUCGCGCAUGCGCACGGACCGUUGCGMCGGCAGCUGUUCCGCGUGCACACGACCGGGGCCGGGACCGAGCCGGCCAGCUCGAUACCGCGCCGCGCCGUCGAUGUGGGCCCGACGCGCGUGAACCAGUGCGAGGACGACCGCCGCCGUGUCGCGUUACGUACUGUUCUUCAGCGGUCUGCCGUGUGUUUGCGCGUUUCCGUGAGCGUUCUUUUUUGCCCGUCGGCCGGGCUUGGAUUUCCCCGCGGGGMCUGUGAAAAAGCGCGCCAAAUCCGGCGUGGUCCGCGCGUCAUGGACGUCAAGAAACGGUACAUAUGGUCCGACCGGGAGACCGAACACUUCAUAAGACUCAUCAUCGACAUGGGAAUGACUAACAUGCUGGACAGCAAGAGGAAAAGGAAUUCAGAUCUUUAUUCUAGUCUGGUUGAACCAAUGGCAGCUGCUGGUUUCAAUAGAGACGCGACACAACUGAGGACCAAGUGGAAACACUUGAAGCAAGAUUACAAAUUAGAGUUAGUAAGAAUUGAUAAAAACGGUGCAGCGAGUUCAAGGAUGUCGUAUUUUCAUUUGCUUCACGAAGUAUUAAGCUGCAAACCAAGCAAUGCCAUGACGUACCUUUGUGAAGUUGUUUCGAAUUCUCCUCCCCGGCUCGACACCGUAGACAACAUUAAGACUGAGUACAUAGACGACAUGAAAAUGGAAACGGACUACUACAGAGUGACCGAACCGCAAGUGGACAUCAUCCAGUCGUGUGACGUACAAACGCAGACGGAAGGCACGCCGGAACAGCACUUACUGCAGAAGCUGCACGCGUUAGAGAACAGCAUCAACGUGCUGAGAGAAGACUGGCGGCGAGAUCGGGAGAUGCAAAACGUGCUGAUGGAAAAGCACGCGAGGAGGAUGUUGGAGCACCAGAAGGCGUUGAUGGACAAUUUCUUCGCCAAGACCAAAACGCAUUUGUUGAGAACCAAAAAUAAUAAAGACUGAAAUGGUUUGCGUGCACUUCGAUGCGCCGCCGUCGCUGCAGCAGAACAAGCUGCGUCGGCAUUCGAAACCCGCGAUUCUUUGUACCUCUCAAAAAGGACACAUUAUUAUUAUUAUUAUUAUUACUGACUCGUACCUAUACAUGUGUUUAUAAUUCCCUACUGCCCUUCUGUAUAAUGUUUUUAUGUAUUCACGUUAAUGUUUAGCAUGUGUAAAUAAACGUUAGUACCAAAUUUAUAAGUAUUGCGUUAUAUAAUACCGCAUAUAAUAAUAACAAUAAUAAUUAUUAUUUAUURUUUUAAGUCAGUGCGUCAUAAUACCUCGGAAUGUAAAUAUAUUAUAUAUAACAAUAAACAUAAUCACUGAGAUCAAAAAAAAAAAAAUUGAA